CGGCGGAGGAGGAGGAUGGAGUCGGUGGUGUUCCUCUUCUCGCUCCUCGACUGUUGCGCGCUCAUUUUCCUCUCCGUCUACUUCAUCAUUACAUUGUCUGAUUUAGAAUGUGAUUACAUUAACGCCAGAUCAUGCUGCUCAAAAUUAAACAAGUGGGUAAUACCAGAGUUGAUCGGUCAUACCAUUGUCACUGUGUUAAUGCUUGUUUCAUUGCACUGGUUCAUCUUCCUUCUCAACUUACCUGUCGCUACUUGGAAUAUAUAUAGGUUCAUUAUGGUGCCAAGUGGUAACAUGGGAGUGUUUGACCCAACAGAAAUACACAAUCGGGGGCAGCUAAAGUCACACAUGAAAGAAGCCAUGAUCAAGCUUGGUUUCUACCUGCUCUGUUUCUUCAUGUAUCUCUAUAGUAUGAUUCUAGCUUUGAUAAAUGACUGAAGCUGGAGAAACCAGGGUUGAAGCCAGCCUACACUACACUGCACAGUGAAGAGCCAGAGACUACGUAAACUAUCCUUAGAACCAUGACCAGAGCAGUAUAUAUUUUGGUCUUUGAACAAAAAACUAUUUUUGCUGUAUUUUUACCACAUAAAGUAUUUUAAAAAAUGAA